GUGGCUAAAGAAAUUACUUUGUCGUUGGUGGUCCGGUUUGGGAUUUUACGUAUAGUGCCACCUGUGAAGAGACCAAAAAGUUAGGAACUGUUGGUGUCGGAAACGUAGAAACUAUUCACAAGUUUUUACAUAGCGGAAAACUGCAUGGUACGAUGAAAACAUUAUCUGCGAGGCCGCUCAAGGUGUGGCUGGUAGUGUAGUGAGAGCUACAGAACUGCUUCUCCUCCCCCUUCCCUUGCUGUCCUGGUCCUCUUGGGAAGGGUGGAGUCCCGUUUUGUUUUGUUUUGUUUUUUCUCUGCCCUGAUGCACCCUGCCACCUUGUGAAUUCAUGAUCACAUGACCGUGGAUAUGGACGCAGUCCUGUCCGACUUUGUCCGUUCCACUGGAGCUGAACCAGGAUUGGCCAGAGACCUGCUAGAGGGCAAGAACUGGGAUUUCACUGCUGCCCUCAGCGACUUUGAGCAGCUACGUCAGGUGCAUGCUGGGAACCUGACAUACUCGUUCCCUGAGGAGAGGACGUAUCUGCCUGCUGAGAAGGAGAUGGCCAGGGUAGGACGGCCCCUACUUCACCGCCAAGAUGAAGUGGUGCAAGCAGCGACAGAGAAACGUCUGUCAAGGGGCAUCUCCCAUGCCAGUUCAACCAUCGUGUCCCUCGCUCGGUCGCAUGUUUCAAGCACUGGUGGGAGCAGCAAUGAGCCCCUCCUCGACACGCCACUCUGCACUUUCCAACUACCAGACCUCACAGUGUACCGGGAUGACUUUCGUGGCUUCAUCGAGAGGGAUCUCAUUGAGCAGUCAAUGAUGGUGGCCUUGGAGCAUGCUGGGAGACUGAACUGGUGGACCAGGGUGGGUCCCAACUGUCAGAGUCUGUUACCUCUGGCAACGAGCGGAGAUGGAAAUUGCCUGUUACACGCAGCCUCGCUUGGUAUGUGGGGCUUUCAUGACCGGGACCUGAUGCUGCGCAAGUCCUUGUACGCACUGAUGGAUCACGGCCUGGAGAGGGAGGCACUGAGGCGCAGGUGGAGGUGGCAGCAGACCCAGCAGAACAAAGAGUCUGGCCUGGUGUACACGGAGGAGGAGUGGCAGAAAGAGUGGAAUGAGUUGCUGAAACUAGCCUCCAGUGAGCCCAGAAUACACUACAGCACCAACGGCACCAACGGGGCGGAGUCCUCAGAUGAGCCGGUGUACGAAAGUUUAGAGGAGUUCCACGUAUUUGUCCUGGCCCAUGUACUCAGGAGGCCCAUAGUGGUGGUGGCUGACACCAUGCUGAGGGACUCUGGAGGAGAAGCCUUUGCUCCCAUCCCGUUUGGAGGCAUCUACCUACCGCUGGAGGUGCCAGCUGCCAAGUGCCAUCGCUCGCCGCUGGUCCUGGCAUAUGACCAGGCGCACUUUUCAGCGCUUGUCUCCAUGGAACAGAAAGACAACUCCAAAGAGCAAGCAGUGGUGAUCCCUCUCACUGACUCAGAACACAAGAUGCUGCCUGUGCACUUUGCUGUGGAUCCUGGAAAAGACUGGGAGUGGGGCAAGGAUGACACUGACAACGUGAUGUUGGCAAGUGUGGCUCUGUCUUUGGAGGCCAAGCUCCAGAUGUUGCACAGCUACAUGACCGUCACCUGGCUGCCUCUGCCCUGUGAGCAAGCCCCUCUGGCCCAGCCUGAGUCUCCUACAGCAUCCGCAGGAGAGGAUGCCCGCACGCCUCCCGACUCAGGAGAGUCAGACAAGGAGUCAGUCAGCAGCAGCUCGAAUGGCAAUGGGGAUACGGCUACGGCAACAACAGUGAAUGGAGGAGUGUCCUCGGCCAAGAACAGCUCCUCUUCAUCAUCCAGUUCCUCCAGUAAUGGCUCAGCAGGGGCGGGGACAGGGACAGCCGGCAAGGACAAGAGCAAGAAAGACAAAGACAAAGAGAAAGACAAGAAGAGGGCAGACUCAGUCGCUAAUAAACUGGGAAGUUUUGGCAAGAGCCUGGGCAGCAAGCUUAAGAAGAACGUGGGUGGGCUGAUGACAGGGAAGAAUGCUGGAGCUGGAGGAGCCAAGCAGGAGGGCGGGGAGAAGAAGAAGGGCUCGUUGAGGGGGAGGAAGGGCAGUAAGGAUAGCUCACCCUCCGCCCAUGCCUCCGAAGAUUCAGGGAAAGGCUCCCCCUCCUCAGGCAGCGAGCGCCUCAACGGGACGGGCAGCAGUACCAGCAGCAGCGGUGGCAGCAGCACUGAGGGGGACCCCUACAAGUACAGCGCUGACGUCAAAGUCAGCUUGGGCAUCCUGCGCGCUGCCAUGCAAGGUGAGAGGAAAUUCAUCUUCGCCAGUCUUCUCACUACCAGCAACCGGCAGCCCUUCCAGGAGGAGAUGAUCCAGAGAUAUCUUGCUGACGCAGAGGAGCGCUUCCGGGCUGAGCAGGAGCAGCAGCGCCGCGAUGCAGAGAGGAAGAGCGUCACCAAUGGUAUGCAGCCACCCAAGAAGGAAGCGGGAGGUGGCACAGAGCUGGGCUACAGGCCUUUUGAGGCCAAAGAGGAGCUGUCAGAGAGCUCGCCGCCCUCCUUCAACCACCUCAAGUCCUCUUGCUUGAGCCCCUCUGUGUACUCUGGUGUUGUACCCAUCCCCCGGACCUCCUUCAUAGACCAGCCCCCCGCUCCGGCACCUCUCACCCAGCACCUUCACAUGCAUGGCUACAUGGAGACACGGCGCCAGCUAGCUGGCGGCUCCCCCGCGUCCUCCUACCCUGGCCUCCCGUCAUAUGCUACCCUCCCCCGCCACUGCCCCACAACGCAGGGUUCCUCCCAUUCCCAAUACAACCACCCGCAAGCCCCACCUCCCAUCAGCCCCUCACGCCUCACCCCCUCGUAUCCCCCUGAGCACGACCCACCAGACUACCCCAUGUCUGAACCAGCUGGCGGCGGCUACAGCAAUGGUUUCCGGGAUGUGCGAUCCAGUCUAGACUCUCGGAGUGGGCCGCCUCCAGUCAGACACUACUCACUGGGCAGCGCUGGUGGUUUGGCCAGCCUGCAGUCCAGCCGCUGCCGGACGCCCAACUGCACCUAUUAUGGACACCCUGAGACAGGCAACUACUGCUCCUACUGCUACCGGGAAGAGUUGAAGAGGAGGGAGACAGAACCGGCCAUCCACAGGUUCUGAAUGGACCUUGUCAUGGUUCGAAUUUACUGAGUGGCCUUUUCCAGUUAAAAAUAAAGGCUGGGGUGGACAGCCUUUGAACGGACCAGAGAAAGGCACUGUCUGCUCCUUUCCUUUUCAGCUGUGUCAUCCUCUGUUGGGAAAGACAACGGCACAGUGUGGCUGAGAGUCAUCACCGCCUCAGAGAAAACCAGGUGGUUGCCGGCGGCUGGGGUCACACAUCAGAACGUAGAAUUAACUAACUGCACUUCUGUUACAUUUUGCUGUGGCUCUUAUGCAGGCGUUGUGUAUGUGUGCAAGUGUGUGUGUCUGUGUGUGCGUCUGUGUGUGCGUCUGUGUGUGCGUCUGUGCGUGUGCGUGUGCGUGUGCGUGUCCGUGUGUGUGUGUGUGUGUGUGUGUGUGUGUGUGUGUGUGUGUGUGAGCGAGCCACUGGCUCUCCUCCUCUUUGCCCAUGUUCAACGCCUUGCUACUGUCUCCUCCUGGUGGAGAGAAUGUAUAUGGCAGGCGCCUUUACGUAGACUCACCAUCACACACAUACACAAACACACUAACACAACCUCAUACUACUACAUACACUUUUAAGCAAGCACAAACAGCAAUGGCAUGAGUGUCUACUUCAUUGUGGUACGUGAUAAUAUUUUGAUUGGUUAAUUGAGGGGUGUGUGGUCGUUUUGAAGACACAUUCAAUUUUGAUUGAAGCCAGCAUUAUGCAGAUUUUACACUACUGUUACUACAUGCUCGCGUUGUAUGUACCUCGGGAAACAGCAGAAUUUAUUCUCCAUGUCGAGUUGCUUUUUCAUCUGUUGUCAUUUGCAUAAAGCGGAUUGAAGCUACUAUGCUAUGCUAAUGAAUAAGCAUUCUGUGAGCUGCUGUGGUGCUACUGUCCCAGAAUGCAACAGAUUAAUCUCCAUGCAUCCAACACAUCUGCUUUACACUGUUAGUGAUAUCUUAUUUUGACAACACAAAUUUCACCUCUUAAUUCUACAUCUCAUCCAAUCCAUAUACAUUUACUGGAUGCUGUCAAGAUGUCAAGCUUUUGAAGACUAAGAACAUUUGAUCAGAUUACUGACCAGGUGUUAUAGAACAAAGGCAGCAGCACUAAGAUAGAUACUGUUCCCAGAGCCUGACCCAGAGUAUUUAUGUAUGUUCGAAUGUUACUGUUUCUCAGUUGGGUCUUCCUCUUUCUGUAUCCAUGGUUAGUGUUGAGGCAGUUCAUUUUAGAGGCCAAUUUAGGCAUACAACGCUAUACGCAACAAAAGCUGAUGUCGCAUCCUUCAUAUUUCUAAACACAUUUUGGAGACACCUGUCAUCAUGUAUGACCUCAGUGGCAUGGGACUUUGUCUAAAUUUAAAUUGUUGAAAACUUACUUCCUAUGUUUGUGUCAGGCAGAAGGGUCGGUGUCUUGCAGAGCAAACUAACAGAUUGUUGUUAAACAAAUGACAUGAAGUUGCUAAUGUCCCCAGCUAUGACAGCUGUCUCCAAUUUUUGUUUGCAUGCUGCAAAGUGAUAUAUUCACUUUUUGUUGGAUGUUGACAUUCAGAAAUCACAUUUACUCUAUAUCAACAUUUUCUGGUAAUAGAAUACACAGUUAAAGUGAAAGACACUGUCAUGAAACGACGAAACCGGUUUACUCUGAUGGUUGAAAAUGUGAAACAUACUUUGUACAGUUUCUUUAGUUGGCCUGUGUCAUGAUUACAACAAUAUAUUGGUAUUAUCUCAGUUGCUCACCAUCAAUUAUUAUGUUCUAAUGAAGGCAGUUUCUCAAGUUCAGGCAUUUAUAAUACCACCAAAUCGAGUCACUUAACCUCUUUCUGCACAAAUUCAAGCACUUUUCUGACAUCCGUAUUCCAUGUUGUUAUUGUUUUUGAAGGGGCCUGACUGUUUUCCUUCAUUCAUGUCAGAACUGCAGACACUGCCACCUCCAUUUGCAGAAAAGCAGGGGCAUAGGCUGGUGAAUUUUCUCUAUGUGAUUCAGUUCCCCCAGAGCUGCAGCAUUUUGGUGCCAGUGUGACCAUCUUACUCAGUUUCCUAGUUGCCUUUUUCAGUCUCUGACCUUGUGACUUUACAGUCGUGUUUGUAUGUUCUGCAAGAUGAUGAGCAUCAAAUAUCUGCUGCUUUCUUCUUUGACUGCAGUUUCUAUGACUAAUUUCCAAGUAAAAUUGAACAAAUGAAAUUUUUUAAAAAAAUUUUCUAUUUAUUUUGAAGCUACUGAACAUAUGCUGUUUUACUUUUUAUUGGCUCAUAUCAAAUAUUUCAUAUUGGCCGAUGUUCUUUAAUCGUUUUUUUUUUUUUUUUUUUUUUUUUUUUUUUUUUUUUUUUUUUUUGACUAUUUCAAAAUUCAGGCUGGAUUAAUUGUACUAAUGUCAAAAUUAAGUACAUUUGUGUUUUUUUUUUUUUUUUUACCCUCCCACCUUGCUAAUAAAUCUUAUUGACAGCUGAGAAAUUUCUUGACAAUGGAAGUAGCUGCCCUGCUCUUCUAACUGUAUCUACUCUCUGACAUCAGUCUCCUCAAAGCACAAGUGAGUAUGCAAUUCACUGCCUUGCCCAACAGAUGGCACUCUUGGUUUAAAUUUAAGAGUUGAGAGUUGAGUUUCUCAUGCCCUUUACAAGAGCUACAAAUACAGAUAAUCAAAAUGUUGAAUAAGAAUUUGCAAGUGGACUAAUUUGUCUCAGUGAUUAUUUUACAUUUUGCAAUAAUUGGUCAAGGAAGGGGGGAGGGGCUUUUCUGCUGUGCAUUAAAAGUAACACCAGGCUUUUAAAUGUAAUGAACACUAAACUAUAAAAUGGAACCGACAGUUCCCCCCUUCGCUGCACCACGAUGCUGCAUCCCAAACAUUUGUGUGUUCCGUGUUUGUGUGUGUUGACGCGUGUUCAUGCACUAAUGUUGAAUGAAUCUGUUUUCUAGUAUUUUAGCUUAAAAUACGACACAACACAAGAAUUUCCUUAUUGUGGGAAGUUGAUACAUUUCUUUAAAACGUGUACCUGCGUGUACUCAUGCUUCUCCUCCCUGUAAUAUAAAAAUUAGCUUACAAACACAGGUCCGUUUUUAUUUUUUAAUUUUUAUUUUUGGAAGGAAAUGGAUGCCUCACAGAGAACACGUCAAACAUUGGACUUUGCAGACUGCGAACACUUUUUUUGUAUUUAAGAAAAAAACUGAGAGGUUGUAUAAAUAUGUUCAAGUUAUUUUUGUAAGCCCAAAGUUUUACAGUGUUUUUUCAAAAAAGGUUAGAAUGUAUAUUGUUGGACACUAAAACAAGAGUGGAUGAUAAGCUUGUUAGAGUUUGAAUUUGGGGUGGAAACGGUGUUGAUUAGUUAUAUGACAUGUUGGCUGUCAAGAGUGACUCCCGACCCGGCCUCUUUAAACUCAAGGCUCUCUUCGUUGCAAACUAAUUUCCUCAUUGCUGACCUGACAAACGAUUUGAGAAUAUAUAUUUAUAGUAAGAUUUUUUCAGAAGUUUACUUGUGGAAUGUUUAGUUGAGACCAUUUAGGAUGUUCUGUCUCACAUGGCUAAUUGUCUUAGCGGACUGGCUUUUAUUUGUUUGUUUGGUUCUUUGUUUGUUUGAUUUUUAACUAUUGUUUACUUUUUCUACAUCCACCAAUCCGUGCUAUAUGCUAGAACAUGACAGUAAUGAUCUUGUUGACCCAGCUCGUUCCCACCAAAUCAGUACAAUACAUAACCAGCUCACAAUUUGUUUUGCAACACACCUGACCCAGUAUACCUUUUUACAAAUUGUACAUCGCUGUCAUUUCUGUGGGACAGAGUAGUCAUCUGCAACAUUAACACGGGAUACUUUGAGUUGCAUGGGACUGGAACUGUUGCAUGUAAAUGGCAAACCAUUUUACCAAAUUUGUGCAUUACUUUGACUUGAUUUCAGUUGUCCUGGUAUUAUGAUCUGUUUUUUUUUUUUUUUUUUUUUUUUUUUUUAAUUGUUUUAAUGUUUUUUGAGAGGAGAGCCUUAAGGCUGUGUGACAGUGCAAUCUG